AUGAGCGAAAGAUCUUUGAUGGAAUCGACGGGUCUUGCUGAACCUUUUUGGUACAUUAUCAUCGCCACUGGUGGGACGUUUAUUAUUCUGUCGACAACUGUGCUUGUAUUUGUUUUGUGCAGAUACCAACAGGACAGGGCUGAUCGAGGACAAGCGGUUUCUGCAUAUUGCGCAAACGAUGUUUAUCCAGAUAAGCGCUCAUCAGGCGGCCCAGAUUUGUGGUGCAGGCAGGAGAUAGAACUCCUGAAGAACAAUCAGCCGCUUACCUUUGGAAAUAGCUCCUCAUCUGACCAACAAAUCGUCCCGAUCAAUAUGGGAUUCAGCGCAUAUCCCGAUGGAACAGCAACUCUUCCAACAAGACAUCGUGUGAAUGCCAACAGAUGGGCUCAAGAACAGCGCCAACAAGAGCCUCCAAAUUGGUCCUACUCAACGAUUCGCAAGCCUGCGGUGCCGAAAGCCAACGCUUACACUCUUCCCCCGACCAGCAAUACUCCAGAACACAAACUCGAUAGAAAUACAGAACUAGUUCAAUUAACUGCUGGCCGAGAUUCCUCAAAAGCAACACCAAAACAUCAUCCAACGGCCGGAAUUGUCCCUCCGACGAACCAGCGCGUUUCGAAAGGGUUGGUCUCUGGUACAACUUGUACCAGUAGUGACUCGCCUCCGAGAGACUUCGCUAAUUAUGCCAAAUCACAACCCAAAGACAACCUCAACUCCGAGUAUUCGAGCUACAGCUUUAAAAAUAGCCACCAAUCUUCCCAACCUACCAAUAAUGUGCCAUCUAAACGACAUUAUCAGACGAUCAACUAUCAUCAUAAAAAUCCGUCUUUCACUACUGAAAAGGACCAAAGUGCCUUGGGCUACGUGCCCGAUCCUGCGAUGCAUUUUUCAGAAGGCCAUUGGGACGCCGUGCCAAAAGAUCAUCUGUCGGGUACCUUCGACAAGUUAACGCGGGCGAGCAACCACUACAGUCAGACUCAAAAGCAUUAUCAUACGAUUGACCGAAGUGGGACGCUGUCGAAAAAAGCUCAAGACAUGAAGUACCGCACGCUCCAGCAGAACAACCUCUUUUAA